CCGGCCGGCAUGGAAUAAUCAGAUUCCAAAACCGGUUGGAAUAUUAACCACCGCUCCCUACUCCCCUCCUUCCCGGCUAACCACUAGUGCUGCGGCCCUGCCCUGCGACGAACACCGGAUAACGAGGCGGGCGGCAUCCUUCCUCCCUUAGCUUGCUUGUAUAUAUAUAUAAGCGCGCGUCUCCUCCUGCUGCGCUACUUCAUUGCAGAUCCAUCCAGCUCCUGCCUCCGAUCCUGCUAUCCAUCUUUCUCUAUCUACAUACCUGCUCAUCGAUCGCCGGAGAGAGCAGCAGCGGAUGAGGGAGGGAUUAUUGAUUAUUAUUGUCCUAGCAGUUUGAUACUUUGAUCAUCGGAGCGAGCCAGGUUCCGCCAAGCCUACGGUGCGUGGUUAGCGAGCGAGCGAGAUCGCCGCCGCCGGCCUGCUUCCAGUACAAGAUCCAUCCACGACAUGGACCGCUUCGCCGAGAUCGAAGGCAAGAGGGCGCACGACCCGCUCUACAGCCCGCGCCGCGCCGCGAGGGCCACGGCCACCGGCUUCCCCGUCGGCGAGCACGGGGAGGUGUUCGCGGGGCCGCUGAUCGUCGGCGCGGGGCCCGCGGGGCUGGCGGUGGCCGCCUGCCUCACCAUGCGCCGCGUGCCGUACGCGCUGCUCGAGCGCCACGGCUGCAUCGCCUCGCUCUGGCGCCACCGCACGUACCGCCGCCUCCGCCUGCACCUGCCCAAGCGCUACUGCGAGUUGCCGCUCAUGCCCUUCCCGGUCAGCUACCCCGAGUACCCCACCAGGGAGCAGUUCCUCGACUACCUCGAGGAGUACCUCCGCACCUUCGGCAUCCGCCCCUUCUUCCGCCAGGAGGUCGUCAGCGCCGAGUUCGACGGCGAGUUCUGGUGCGUGCGCACCAAGGAGGUCGUCGCGGCCGCCAUCGACGGCGCCCAGCAGGAGGCCGUCCUCAGCACCGCCACCAGGGAGUACCGCUCCAAAUGGCUCGUCGUCGCCACGGGCGAGAACGCCGACCCCGUCCUGCCGGAGAUCGACGGCCUCGACGGCUUCAAGGGCCAGGUGAUGCACUCGUGCGACUACCGCAGCGGCGAGCCCUACCAGGGCAGCAAGGUGCUCGUCGUCGGCUGCGGCAACUCCGGCAUGGAGGUGUCCCUCGACCUCUCCAACCACAAUGUGCACACCUCCAUGGUUGUGCGUGACACGGUGCACGUUCUUCCAAGAGAGAUUAUGGGGCUCUCAACUUUUAGGUUGUCCUUGUGGCUCCUCAUGUGCCUGUCGGUCCAGACAGUGGAUCGGCUCCUCCUCCUGCUCACACGGUUCGUGCUAGGCGAUACUGCACGCCUUGGCAUUCCUCGACCUAGCAUGGGUCCGAUGGAGCUAAAGAAAGUUUGCGGGAAGACACCAGUGCUUGAUGUGGGGACUAUUGCCAAGAUCAAGUCUGGAGACAUCAAAGUGCUUCCAGGAAUACAGAGUUUCAGUGAACACGGUGUGGAGUUUAUCGACGGCAAGACCGAAGAUUUUGAUGUUGUGAUUCUUGCCACUGGUUACAAAAGCAAUGUUCCUUAUUGGUUGAAGGAGAAUGAAUUUUUCUCUGAGAAAGAUGGAUUUCCACGUAAACCAAAUGAAUGUAAAGGAAAGAAUGGCCUCUACGCGGCUGGAUUCUCAAGACGUGGACUCCUUGGCGUGUCCAUAGAUGCCACGAAGAUUGCCGAUGACAUUGCACAGUGUUGGAAGGACAUAGGGUACGAAAAGCACAAGACCAAAUGAUAUCCAAUUGGUUUAUGGAUGAGGCCAACCCUGUCUCGAUUCAAAAAUUUUGUGAAUACGUGUACAAGUCUAUUUACGUAUGAUUCUAACUGGUAGAUACGCUAGGAAAAAAAAUACUAAGCGAUUAUCUAUCAGCAUACUCAAAUAGUUGAAUUAGGCUAGUACAUGUAGUAUUUUCCCCAUUAUUUCCAUAUUGUAAAUAAAUCAUAUUUAACCAUUUUUCACCUUUUAGUUUUGCUUAACAUUAGGGAUUCAACAAAAUAGGACUUGAACCUGAGAGACUUGAGAGGGUUGAUUUGUUUUUUUCCCUAUUCUUUUUCGGAAAGAUUCUUUUAUUUUGGCAAUUGAUGUAAGUUAUUUUUGUAAGUGUUAGUUGUAAUAGAUAGCAUUUAUCAUUAUAUU